CUCCCGGCCCCGGUGCCCCGGCGGCAGGCGGCGGUCCCGGCGCCGCGAUGGAGCGGGGUGCGGCUGCGCUCGUCCCCGGCGGGGAGGCGACAGCGCUGGAGUUCCUGGCAGGGACUCAUAACUGGAAGUCCAGGUUCUACUGAAAUAUAAUUGACUCUCCAGUCAAGGUCUAGAGGUGUUUGUUUGAGUAGCCUCUACCUCCCUAUGGACUUAAUAAAUCUGUCACGAAAUGGCAUUGCUCACUGGGAAUGCUGAUCCUGAGUUCACCUCCUACUCCUUCAAUAACUUGGAAAACCUGUGUGAAGUGCAAACCAAGAAAGGGUUCUUCUACAAAAAGGCCAAACUUCUGCACCCCAGGGAAGACCUGUGCUGCUUAGCCCACCUGGAGGACCGGACCAGGUUUGUGAUCAUCAACGUAGGUGGUAUUAAAUACAAAGUUCCAUGGACCACCUUGGAGAACUGCCCCUUGACCAGGCUUGGGAAGCUAAAAUCUUGCAACAAUUAUGAUGAGAUCAUGAACAUCUGCGAUGAUUAUGAUGUUAGCUGCAAUGAAUUUUUUUUUGACCGUAAUCCUAGUGCCUUCAGGACGAUCAUGACUUUCCUGACAGCUGGGAAGCUGAGGCUUCUCAGGGAGAUGUGCGCUCUUUCUUUUCAGGAGGAGCUUGUGUACUGGGGUAUAGAAGAGGACCACCUGGAGUGGUGCUGUAAAAAGAGAUUGCAACAGAAAGAGGAGGAGGCAGAUGAGUCCAGGCUGUAUGAAGGGGAGAUGAUAUUUAGUGAAACUUCGCGAUGUGCCUUCCAGAACAAUAGCCGAUUGAGUUUGUGCAUGCGAAAGCUCAGGGAUAUGGUGGAGAACCCCCACUCAGGGAUCCCAGGAAAGAUCUUUGCUUGUAUUUCAAUCUCUUUUGUUGCCAUCACCGCAGUCAGCCUCUGCAUCAGUACCAUGCCAGAUGUCAGAGAAGAAGAAGACCGGGGUGAAUGCUCACAGAAGUGCUAUGACAUCUUUGUGCUGGAGACAGUGUGUGUGGCAUGGUUUUCAUUCGAGUUCCUGCUGCGAUCCAUCCAGGCGGAGAACAAGUGUGCUUUCCUAAAAACGCCACUCAACAUCAUCGACAUCCUGGCCAUCUUGCCUUUCUAUAUCUCUCUCAUUGUGGAUAUGGUCUCCACAAAAAACAGCAGCAAGCCAAGCGGGGGAGCUGGGAAUAAGUACCUGGAACGAGUGGGUCUGGUGCUGCGCUUCCUGCGGGCUCUGCGAAUCCUGUAUGUGAUGAGGUUGGCACGGCACUCAUUGGGGCUGCAGACACUGGGGCUCACGGUCCGCCGGUGCACCAGGGAAUUUGGGCUCCUCCUGCUCUUCCUUUGCGUUGCCAUGGCCCUAUUCUCACCCCUGGUGUACUUGGCUGAGAGUGAACUGGGAGCUAAGCAAGAAUUCACAAGCAUCCCCACCAGUUACUGGUGGGCUGUGAUCUCCAUGACAACUGUUGGCUAUGGGGACAUGGUUCCUCGUAGCAUCCCUGGACAGGUGGUAGCCCUGAGCAGUAUCUUGAGUGGGAUUUUGCUGAUGGCUUUCCCAGUCACGUCCAUCUUUCAUACCUUUUCCCGUUCCUACAGUGAGCUGAAGGAGCAGCAGCAACGAGCAGCAAGCAGGCAGAUGCUCCAGCAAGAAGAGAGCACCAAACUCCCAGGUGGUGGCAGUACACAGGGUCUCGUUGUCGCAUUCCCACCAGAUGCUGCUGGGCAGGAGGGACAGCCCAUGGUGGACCAGGAAGCCAAGAGAAAUUGUUGA